CUGACCAGUGGUGUGCAGAUUCUGUUCAAAACUCUAAAGCAGGGCACAGGCGCUCCACUCUCAUUUGUGCUGUGCUGAGCUGUAAAUAAUUGGAUUAAUCUUUAUACCUCAAACAGGAAGAACUUGGAUCACAAUAGUGAUGGCGACCUUUGAUGACCUCUUGGAAGAGGCUGGGACUUUCGGCCGCUGUCAGAAGCGUAUCUUCGCCCUGCUCUGUCUGUUGUCGAUUCCCGUUUCAGCCGUGUACGUCGGCAUCGUCUUCCAGGGCUUCACUCCCGAUCACUGGUGUCGGGACUCUGCAGUGGUGGAGAGGAGGCAGGCAUGCAGCUGGAGUCUGUCAGACAGUCGCAGGCUGACGGCUCUUGUGGUCAACAACUCUGGGUUGCUGCAGCAGAGCAGCUGUGAGCAGUAUGAGGUGGACUGGAACAACACAGGACUCACGUGUGACUCACAGGAACUGAACCUGACGAAUGUUCCAGUUACUGCAUGUAAGGAUGGCUGGGAGUAUCAGUAUGAAGGCAGGAAGUCCUUUGUCACAGAGUUUAACCUGGUGUGUUCAGAUGCAUGGUUGGUGGACAUGUACCAGUCCAUUCUCAACGUGGGAUUCCUCAUCGGGAGCUUUGCUUUCGGUUACUUUGCUGACAGGUUUGGCAGGAGGGUCAGUAUCAUGACGUCCAACAUACUGAAUCUGAUCGCAGGGAUUGUGCUGGCUGUGGUUCCAAACUACAUCUCCAUCCUAGUGGUCAGGUGCAUCUUUGGCUUCGGAGUCAAAGGAGGCUGGAUGAAUGGAUAUGUGCUGCUCACAGAGAUGGUUGGAGCUGAGUACAGACGGACAGUGGGCAUAGUGUACCAGAUGUUCUUCAGUAUCGGUAACCUGAUCCUACCUCUGCUCGCCUACUACAUAACUGAUUGGCGCUGGCUGCAGGUCGUCAUCACUGCACCCUACCUCUUCUUCUUGCCUUACUACUGGUUUAUCCCAGAGUCUCCUAGGUGGCUUAUCUCUCAGAAAAACACCUCAAAAGCUUUGGAGAUCACUGAAGCGAUGGCGAAGGAGAACAAGAAGAAACUCUCCAAGAACUUUGAGACACUGACUGAAGACGAGGGUGACUCCCCCUCCGCCUCUUUGCUGGACCUUGUCAGAACUCCAAACAUGAGAAAACACACUUUCAUUCUCAUGUUCAACUGGUUCACCAGUGCCGUGGUUUACCAGGGACUCAUCAUGCGGGUGGGGAUAGCCGGAGGGAACGUCUACAUCGACUUCCUCAUCUCUGGCCUGGUGGAGUUCCCCGCUGCCUUCCUCAUCCUCAUCACCAUCGAACGCAUCGGCCGACGGCUCCCCUUCGCCGCCGCCAACAUCGUAGCCGGAGCCGCAUGCGUGAUCACUGCCUUCAUUCCAGACAGUAUGUUCUGGUUUAAAACGGUGGUAGCCUGCAUUGGUCGGCUGGGCAUCACCAUGGCCUUUGAGAUGGUGGUGUUUGUUAACACUGAGCUCUACCCAACAUUUAUCAGGAACCUGGGAGUGUCGGUGUGUUCCACUCUGUGUGAUAUUGGAGGCAUCGUAUCUCCAUUCCUGCUCUACAGACUUGCUUUCAUCUGGCUUGAGCUGCCACUUAUCAUUUUUGGAGUGGUCGCCUUUGUAGCUGGAGCUUUGGUGUUGUUGCUGCCUGAAACCAGAGGAGUUCCUCUCCCUGAAACCCUUGACGAUAUUGAGUUUCCUAACAGGAAAAAGGAGGAUGAAGUGGAAAGACAACAAAUGAAGACACUUUUAAAAUCAGACGUGACAGUCUGCAAAGACACGACUGUGUGAUUGUGUGCAUUCAUGUGUGUAGAUCUUCUUUACUGUAAUAGUGUAUUGACCUCUACUAAUAACAAGGAAGUAGGUUUUUUAUACAUUUUAUAUAAAGGAUGGCUUCCCGA